AUGGAUGACUCACUUUUAGAGCUAAUUCCAAUGGAUGUUGGUGUCGAGGACAUUGAAGACGUCCCUGUAUCAGAAUAUCCGAGGACUCAAAUCCAGACAGAAGACUAUGAGAAGGAAAAUAGGCGCGAACGUAGACAAUGGCAA